AUGGCUGCGAAUUACAACGAAAAGCUUCUUCUCAACUACGUUCCCAUCUACGUUAUGCUUCCGUUGGGAGUGGUGAAUGUGGAAAACGUAUUCGCGGACCCAGAAACGCUUGAAACGCAGAUCAAGCGUCUCAAAGAAGAAGCUGGUAUCGACGGCGUUAUGAUUGAUGUUUGGUGGGGAAUCAUUGAAUCCAAAGGCCCCAAACAAUACGACUGGACCGCUUACAAAUCGCUAUUCCAGCUAAUCGCGCGUUUAGGACUCAAGAUCCAAGCGAUCAUGUCGUUUCACCAAUGCGGCGGAAACGUCGGAGACGUCGUCACAAUCCCGAUCCCGAAAUGGGUUCGUGACGUCGGCGACAGCGAUCCCGACAUCUACUACACUAACCGUAAAGGAACAAGAGACAUCGAGUAUCUCUCAAUCGGCGUCGAUAAUCUUCCUCUCUUCGCUGGAAGAACAGCUGUUCAGAUGUACAGCGAUUACAUGAGUAGCUUCAAAGAAAACAUGGCGGAUUUGCUGGAAUCCGGCGCGAUUGUUGACAUCGAAGUCGGACUUGGUCCCGCCGGCGAGCUUCGUUACCCUGCUUACCCACAAAGCCAAGGUUGGGUGUUUCCGGGGAUCGGAGAAUUUCAGUGUUAUGACAAGUACCUGAAGAAAGAUUUCAAGGAAGCGGCGGCGAAAGCAGGCCAUCCGGAGUGGGAUUUGCCGGACGACGCCGGAGAGUACAACGACAAGCCGGAGGAAACUGGGUUUUUCAAGACAAAUGGGACUUAUGUCUCGGAGAAGGGGAAGUUUUUCUUGACAUGGUACUCGAACAAACUCAUCUUUCAUGGAGAUCAGAUCUUAGGAGAAGCCAACAAGAUCUUCGCUGGACUUAAAGUUAACUUGGCUGCCAAGGUUUCGGGGAUUCACUGGCUGUACAACCACCACAGCCACGCGGCGGAGCUGACUGCCGGAUAUUACAACCUUUACGAGAGAGAUGGUUACCGUCCCAUAGCUAGGAUGCUCUCAAAACACUACGGCAUUCUCAACUUCACUUGCCUUGAGAUGAAAGAUACCGACAAUAUCGCUGAAGCCCUAAGUGCUCCUCAAGAACUUGUUCAAAUUGUGUUGAGCAAAGCCUGGAAAGAAGGCAUAGAAGUCGCUGGUGAGAACGCAUUAGAGACCUAUGGAGCCAAAGGUUACAACCAGAUUCUUCUUAACGCGAGGCCUAACGGUGUUAACCCGAACGGUAAACCGAAGCUGAGAAUGUACGGUUUCACGUACCUAAGGUUAUCUGAUACGGUCUUUCAAGAAAACAACUUUGAGCUGUUCAAGAAGUUGGUGAGGAAGAUGCACGCUGAUCAAGAUUACUGUGGAGACGCGGAGAAGUAUGGACAUGAGAUUCUGCCGCUGAAAACGCAGAAUUCGCAGCUGACGGUGGAGGAUAUCGCCGACGCGGCUCAGCCAAGCGGAGCAUUCAAGUGGGACUCUGAAACCGACAUGAAGGUUGAUGGUUGA